CUAGUAUUGCUCCGGAGCGUGUGCUCCGUAUCUGGUAGUUUUUAAAGACCCUAGAUCUGCGCAGUUGUCUGGGGUACUUUGUUACUCCAGUUGGAGAAAUCAACCAUUUAACCGUUUAACGGUGAACAUACCAAGAAAAUCACUAUUCAAGCUUAGAAUGGCGUAUGGACUAUCUUGAGUCGGUCCUUUGAGCCACAUAUGCACCAAACCAAACCUAUCGAAAACUUAUCUGAAGGUGAAAAAAUUGGACAUCACAGUCUUCUCUUUGGCUUCACAAUGGGUUGCGAUGGCGGUACUAUUCCUCGCAGAGACGAACUCGUAAGAAUGAAAAAGAAGCCCGAACAGAAAGACAAAGAGGCGGAAUUGGCUUUCAAGUGGAAGCACUGCACGAUACGGCAAUUGCCACUUCAAUCGCCGGUUGUGGGUUGCUACUUUGGUCGUUUGUACAGUAAGGAGUCUGUGUUGGAGGGCCUGCUGGAUCGCAAUACACUUCCGGAAUCUGCUGCACAUAUCAAGACUCUUAAGGAUGUGAAGACUCUUAACUUGACUCCAAAUCCGGCAUUUGACGGUGACAAAGCUGAGAAAGGAGACAGCUACACUGGAGGCAGAAGUCCUUAUAUUUGUCCAGUCAUUGGCUUAGAGAUGAAUGGAAAAUAUAAAUUCUGUUUCUUAUGGUCGUGUGGCUGUGUAAUGAGCGAACGAGCAUUGAAAGAAGUGAAGACUGCAUCUUGUCACAAAUGUCAACAACCGUUUGAGGAAAAAGAUGUGGUUAUAUUGAAUGCAGAGGGUGAUGAUCUGGAGCUCAUGAAGGAGCGUGUGUCACUCAGAAAAACUAGUCAAAAGAAAUCGAAGAAAAACAAGCUAGACAGCGGUGCGCCAACAGAAAAGACAGAAGAGCCAUCCAAAAAGAAGUUGAAAAAAGAAGAUACGAUUGUUCCAAAGUUGAACAAUCAACCUGAGGUUAACGAUCCUGCUUAUAAAAAAAUUAAGAAAAAUUAUAGUAUUGCAAAAGAUCCUAAAGCGUCAGAGGUUUUCAAAAGCAUUUUUACCUCUCAUAAGACCGCUACGGAGCAAGAUAGGGCACAUUGGGUUACUUAUAAUCCAUUUUACAAUUAAUUUGUAUUCGCAUACAAAUUGUUUCCACUUCAAAGAUUUGUUGAUUUAUGUUUAAUUAAGAGAUUGGAAGCAAUGUUUUUUGUAAAACGACUAAUAGGGAAGAGAGAGAGAGAGAGUGAAGUAGACAGUACAUAUGUAUACAUGUUACACAUAUGUAAACUGCAAUAGAUAAUAGUAUGUAAACUGUAAUAGAUAAUAGGAAAAAAUUACGUAUAUAAUUUUACGAUAUCUCGUUAGGUUAGGUUAGGUUAGGUUAGAUUAGAUUAAAACUAAAAUUAU